UAAGCUCAACACGAUUUGUUUCAAGCACAUCACCAACCACACUUUUUCUUCAUCAUCACAACUCUAUUCUCGCCCAAGGAACUUAGUGCAAUCAAUAUAUUAUCUCUGCCUCGCGGGUCGUGAACCGCUGCAUUAUCCUAGCUGUUUCCGCAAUGGCGAAAGAGGAUCAAAAGCCCACCAGCGCGGACAAGGGCAAAGGAAAGGCCCCAGAGUCCGCACACCCAGAGGGCCCGCGGAAGCCGCAAGAUAAACAGAAAGACAAGGAUGGGAAGAUUACUGAUGGCCUGAAAGCUGAGAUUCCCCAAGAAGAGGAGCUGAGCGAGGAAGAUCAGCAGCUCAAAGGAGAGCUUGACAUGCUCGUUGAGCGGCUACAGGAAUCCGACACAUCAUUAUAUCGUCCUGCAUUAGAGGCAAUCAAGAACUUUAUCAAGACAGCAACUUCCUCAAUGACGGCAGUCCCCAAGCCUCUCAAGUUCCUCCGACCGCAUUACGAGCUACUGGUGUCGACGUACGAUCAAUGGCCCGCUGGCGAGGACAAGAAUUCACUUGCUGAUGUUCUCUCUGUGCUGGGAAUGACGAACUCCGAGGAAGACCAACUGGACACCCUGAAGUAUCGUCUACUGGCGCCCUCUGAAGAUCUCGGCUCUUGGGGUCACGAAUAUGUCCGUCAUCUCGCCCUGGAGAUAGGACAGGAGUAUCAGAGACUCGUGACAGAAGAGAAGCCAUAUGAUCAUCUAAUCAAGCUUGCGAAGACUCUGGUGCCCUUUUUCUUAAGUCACAACGCCGAGGCGGACGCUGUCGACAUUCUCAGCGAGCUUGAAAUCAUUGAAGAGAUCCCUCAGUACCUCGACGAAAAUACCUAUUCCCGGGUGUGCUUGUAUAUGGUCAGCAUGGUGAACCUUCUUACCUACCCUGAAGAUCAUCAAUUCCUUCGUACCGCCCACGAUAUCUAUAAGCAAUACAACAGUCUCUGCCAGGCAAUGGUACUUGCCAUUAGAAUGAAUGACGUGGAACUCAUCAUUGAGGAUUUCAAUUCCACAUCAGACCCGGCUCUAAAGAAGCAGAUGGCUUUUCUGAUUUCUCGCCAGCGGAUAUGGCUUGACCUCCCCACUGAUACUGAAGAAGAACAGGAGAUUGCUGAAUGUCUUGACAACACUAAGUUGUCGGAUCACUUCAAGGCCUUAGGGAAGGAAUUAAAUAUCCUCGAUCCUAAAACCCCAGAGGAUAUUUAUAAGAGUCAUCUCGAAAGCAGUCGGGUCGCUGGGCUUACUAAUCUUGAUUCUGCACGUCAUAAUCUUGCGAGCGCUUUUGUGAACGCUUUUGUGAACGCAGGUUUCGGAAACGAUAAGAUGAUGCUAGUGGAUAGAGUCAAGGAUAGUUGGGUCUGGAAGACUAAAGAUGAGGGUAUGCUGUCGACCGCAGCGUCUGCUGGCAUGCUUUUGCAAUGGGACGUUGAAAACGGUCUGGAUAAAAUGGACAAGUUCACGUAUACUGAAGAAUCCCAUGUGAAGGCAGGCGCUAUGCUUGGCAUUGGUAUGCUCAACUCUGGAGUACGCGCCGAUGCAGACCCCGCUAUGGCUCUCCUGGCAGACUCCGAGACCCUUAACUCCAAGGACUCUUCUUUGAAGAUGUCGUGCAUCAUGGGCCUUGGCCUGGCUUACGCCGGCUCGAACAAAGAGGAACUGCUUGAUCUGCUUUUACCCAUUGUUGGAGACGCCUCGGUCGAUAUGCAGCAUUCCGCGAUGGCUGCUCUUUCAUUGGGGCUCAUUUAUGUGGGAUCUUCUAACCCAGACGUCAGUGGAGCGAUCGUGCAGACCUUCUUCGACGAGGACCGGAAACACCAACUCAAGGACAAGUGGACACGCUUCAUGGCCUUGGGUCUCGCUCUUCUCUAUUUUGGUCGCCAGGAAGAGGUGGAGGUGAUAUUAGAGACACUGAAGGCUAUUGAUCAUCCUAUGUCCAAGGCAACCAGUGUUUUGGCUGAAGUUUGCGCUUGGGCUGGAACAGGAACAGUCCUGAAGCUGCAGGAGCUCCUCCACAUCUGCAAUGAUCACAUCGAAGAUAGUGAGGACAAGAAGGGCGAUGAGCUGCUUCAGUCUUAUGCUGUGCUCGGACUGUCGCUUGUCGCAAUGGGGGAGGAUGUUGGACAGGAAAUGGUCCUGCGCCAAUUUGGUCACCUAAUGCACUAUGGAGAGGCGAACAUUAGGAGAGCGGUGCCUCUGGCCAUGGGACUCAUUAGCCCCAGUAACCCUCAAAUGAAAGUCUACGAUACACUUUCUCGGUACAGCCACGACACCGACAAUGAUGUAGCCAUUAACGCUAUCUUUGCCAUGGGGCUUCUUGGCGCUGGUACCAAUAACGCACGACUUGCCCAGCUUUUGCGACAGUUGGCAAGCUACUACCACAGAGACCAGAACUCGCUUUUCAUGGUCCGGAUCGCACAAGGUCUGUUGCACAUGGGCAAGGGGACAUUAUCUGUCAAUCCUUUCCAUACUGACCGGCAAAUUCUUUCACGCGUUGCCGCAGCUGGCUUGCUCACCGUUUUGGUGUCCCUCAUCGACGCCAAGCAGUUCGUCCUUGCCGAAUCGCAUUACCUUUUGUAUUUUCUCGUUACAGCCAUGCACCCGCGGUUUUUGGUAACUCUAGACGAGAACCUCAAGCCUCUUACAGUCAAUGUCCGGGUAGGUCAAGCCGUUGAUGUUGUUGGCCAAGCAGGAAGGCCUAAAACGAUUACCGGCUGGCAAACACAAAGCACCCCAGUGCUUCUCGCCUAUGGAGAGAGAGCGGAGCUUGAGGACGAGCAGUACAUCAGCCUGAGCAGUACGCUUGAAGGGCUGGUCAUAUUGAGAAAGAACCCUGAAUGGGAAAACUAGUAGUUUGCGCCCUUUCUUAUCCCAUUCGACAUUGAUUUUAAAGUGCAAAGGAUUUUAUUAGAGUUAUUUUCCGUUUGCACCCGGCUCAUGUAAAUAUAUGAAAGUGACAAUGUGUUGGCUUGGUAAAUGUAGCCAAUUUGAUGGCGGUUUACAUUUUGCGUAUCUAGGACUGACAACGAUUGUAAUGAAAUAAAUAUUUACCACAUUUUCCCUGCAACCC